GAGGCGCAGAACCUACACAAGAUACUAACGAGACCCAAAGACUGCAAUAUGAAGGUCCGUGUUGGUGUGGAGAUGCUGGCGGCGUUGGUCGUGCUGUUCCUGGCUUUAGGUGCGAGUGACGGCGUGGUGAUGAACAAGUGUGAACUGGGGGACAAACUGAACUCAACUCUUCCUGAAAACCUUUUGGACCAGAUCACCGACCUGGUGGCCAAGAUUGUGUGCCAUGUAGAGCUGAGCUCUCACUUCAACACCAGCGCCAUCAAUCAUGUCAUUGGACCUAACGUUCAUAGUUUCAUCCGUGGAGGCCGUGGUGGACGGAAGGGCAGGUCUGCAGAGUCCAGCAGUGAGGAGUCCAGCGAGGAAGACAGUGACUCAUCCAGUGGUGAAGGACGCCGAAAGAGAUCCACAUCGACGUCAAGCAGUGAGGAGUCCAGUGAGGAAGACAUCAAGGUGCCUAAACCUAAUUUCAAUUCUUCAACGGUUCAUCCAGUCACUCGUCCCCAAGGUACCAACUCAUCCAGCAGACACGGUCAUAGAGGACGCAAGGGCAGGUCUGCAGAGUCCAGCAGUGAGGAGUCCAGUGAGGAAGACAGUGACUCAUCCAGUGGUGAAGGACGCCGAAAGAGAUCCACAUCGACGUCAAGCAGUGAGGAGUCCAGUGAGGAAGACAGUGACUCGUCCAGUGGUGAAGGACGCCGAAAGAGAUCCACAUCGACGUCAAGCAGUGAGGAGUCCAGUGAGGAAGACAGUGACUCAUCCAGUGGUGCAGGACGCCGAAAGAGAUCCAGAUCUAGGUCAAGCAGUGAGAAGUCCAACAAGAGAAACAUGUGGACUUUGUACGGGUUGUUCCAGCUGCCCGACCGUAUCGCCUGCACCUCUGGGUCUGAACCCUCUCUCGACCUCUGCAGUAUGGCCUGUGACAGUCUGAUCGAUGACAAUAUCACAGAUGACAUCGCCUGUGUUGAGACCAUCCUCAAUAAGAUGUUGUCAGCAGCAAACAAUCCAGGACCGAAUAAAGCACUUUUCAACAAAUUGUAUGCUAAUUUCUUCCAGAAGGAGUGCAAGAACGUGGAGGAUUUGGCGUACUUCUCCACUUGCUAAAACAGACAGCAGGCCUAGCAAACAUCUCGACUCAGUUCUACUCGAAGAAAUUCACUUUUUAACUGCUGACAUUUGACUUAGCUUAUGGCUACUUCUAAAAUGAUUCAAUCCCACCUAACUAGAGUAUAUUUUGAUCAGUGUCUCACUGUGAAAAACAAUUAUAAUCACGUAAUUUUCGAUAGAUUACGGCUACAUCGAGUCCAUUAACCCUGGGUUAAAUUACACUUCAACGCACCGAACGAGUCGGGAGAACGCUGCUGCUUAAACCUGUAGCAUGCCCUUCUUUGGCCAUGUGUUUCUCUCUUCUGUUUCUCACGUCUACUUCAUUAUCAAUUUAUUAUUUCUGACUAUGAUUAUCAUACAGACCCUGUUGUGUAUUUCGUUUGAAAAGAGAGCUGUCUCCUCCAUCAUAUCUGCUCGAGUUGACGUCUCUGUUAAUAAAAUGUUUUUAAUUAAGAUGGCCAACAGGCAGAGGGAAGACUGUCAGUGUAACACUGUAUCUAAAUUGGCACGACGUCGCAACUCAUUGGCUCAUUGGGAAGACGUCGUCACAACGUCGUUUAUCGCGUAGUGUGUGAUUUCACUUCAUUGAAAGACACCUGCGGGUGAUGAGUUACAUUUAACUCAUCAUUUAUUUAACACACAACUGACUACAAUCAGCAGCUGGAUGAAUAUUUCACCUGGUCUGAAAGUAUAAAAAAGCGAAUAAUAAAGAACAGACAUUAACUCUGCUUUUAACCUAAAACAAACCAGUUGCACGUGUCGUGGGUGAGACGUCAUUUCCCUGUGUGUGCGUUAUCUGGGAUCCAGAUUAAAUGGGAUUAGAUAGUCUAUUUGGCCACACAAGAACACACACACACACACACACACACACAUAGAUUUAUUUUUGCCAGCUGAGAAAAAACAGAGAGAAAAGCUCUGAUAAAACCGGAUAAGAGUUCAAUUUCAAACAAAUAUGCUGUUCAUUUAAUCUUUUUCCCUCUUUGCCUAUUCGUUUUAAAUUUCUUAUCUAAUCUAAAAGCAUGAAAAAAUGUUUUGUUUGAAUAAAAUCUGGCAAGACAUUCAA